AUGUCUGCUUCACCAGACCGCAAGGCUGCCUCGCCUGCCGCCUCGCCCGAGCCCCAAGUCCACGAGCAAGUCGCAACCCCGGUUGGUGGUGACGACAACGAGCGCGAGGACUCUACUGAACCUACCGCUGAGGCCAAGGAAUUCGUGGAGAAUGAUGAUGAUGAUGAGCCACGUGGUGGAGACGACGACGAAGUUGACGAUGACAAACUUUCAGACGACGAAUCUAUUCUGUCCGAGGUUGACGAGGCACAAUUCGACAACUUCGAUCCAGAGAAUGUUGACGUCGAGGAUCGCCCACAACUUGCUAUUGAUGAAGAUAACUUGAAACUCAUUGGCCGUCACAAGCGCAAGCGCACUGAGGAUGGCGAGAGUCGUCCGCGCCGGAAGGAAGGUCGUCGCGAGAAGAAGAGCCGUCGAGCUGACGAAGGAGCCGAUGAAGGAGGCCCAUCUCGCCGCCGUGAACGCAAGCAGCGCGAGGAUAAGGCCGAUACAGAUGAGGAGACUCUUGACCCGGAGACCCGACGUCGCCGAGCCCUUGACCGCGCUAUGGACGAGGCAAUGAAGAAGCCGGCGAAGAGACGUUUCCGCAAGCAGGAUGGCAUUGAUUUGGAAUCUAUGGCAGAUGCUGAAAUCGAGGAUAUGCGCAAGCGCAUGACCCACGCAGCGCAAAUGGAUGCAAUCAACCGCCAAGAAGGAAAACCAGCUAUGCACAAGCUCAAGCUCCUCCCCGAAGUCAUUAUGCUCCUCAAUCGCAACCAGUACACCAGCGCCUUGGUCGACCCAGAGAUCAACUUAUUGGAAGCCGUCCGAUUCUUCCUCGAGCCUCUGGACGAUGGCGCGAUGCCCGCCUACAACAUCCAGCGCGACCUAUUGACCGCUCUUACCAAGCUGCCUAUCAACAAGGAUGCUUUGAUUGCCAGUGGUAUUGGAAAAGUGGUUGUCUUCUACACCAAGAGCAAGCGCACCGAGCGCCGCAUUAAGGAAAUGGCAGAGAAAUUGCUAGCGGAGUGGACACGACCAAUUCUCCAGCGCAGCGAUGAUUAUUCGAAGCGAGUCUACCAGGAGGCCGAUUAUGAUCCUACAAAAGUUGUCAGACGCGCUCCUCCCACUGCCGAGGAGAUCCAAGCCGAAGCCCGCGCCCUCGAGAUGCUCCCUCCUCGCCUUCUCAACCGUGCUCGUGUCGACCGUACCAACGUCAGUUAUACUGUGGUUCCUCGCCAGACAGCUGUGCGCGAGACUCAGUUUGCGCGCCCCUUGGGUGCUAGUGGUGAGGACCGUUUCCGCAAGAUGCAAGCCCGCCAGGCCGCGGCACGCAAGGCAUCUCGUCGCUAG